AUGAAAGGCCUCCAAAUAUUUGUCUCGUCUGUCCUCACCUUGGGAGCUCUGGCAGCCCCCACGACGGACAUGACCAAGAGGGCAGACCGCGGUUCCUACACUGUGUCCGGACUCGGGCAGCGCAAGCAGGCUAUUUUGAAUGCGGGUGGAAACACCCUUGAUCUUGCAAUUGCCAUGCUUGAGACAGAGGGAAUGACAACCGACUACACCUACGGUGAUGGGAAGACCUAUGAUGCCGCCAAUUUCGGUCUUUUCAAGCAGAACUGGGGCAUGCUCCGUGUCUGUGCCACUAGGUAUGGGUUGGCCGGUCAGUCUGAGGCUGACUGGAAUAAUGGCGCUAUACUGAAUUCGAAUGUCUAUGCCGAUGUCGCGUCCCGCUGGGACUGCCAGGGAUACUACGGCGUCGACCUGUGGUUUGCAGGGCACCGCAAUGGUGCAAGCGGAUUGAGUAAUCCGAAUACGGAUGAUAUUAACAACUAUAAGAGUGCUGUCUACUGGAUCCAGCAGCAGAUCGACAGUAACUCCGUCUACAAGACCGAUGACACGCGCUUUUGGGUUGAUGUCCAGGCUAUCUAA